AUGCAGAAACGGAGAGCGGCGAGGGAGACUCCGAAGAUAACGGUGAGAAAUGGGAAGGGUUUCGAUUCCGGCGAGAAGAAGAGAUCUGAGAGGAGAUUGAUGAAGUUCGAGGAGUUGCCCAGGUAUCUCAAGGACAACGAGUUCAUACACAACCAUUAUCGAUGUGAGUGGUCUCUCAAGGAAACUUUCCUCAGCGCUUUCUCCUGGCAUAAUGAGACUCUCAACAUCUGGACGCACUUGGGUGGGUUUCUGAUAUUCGGUUGGAUGAUGGUGGUGAGCUCCAUGGAAACGACGGAGCUCGGCCUCUCCGGCUUCGUCAGCAUCUUCUCCGGAGCAACAAUUCGCUGGCCAUGGCCGUCGAUGGCAAUGGCAAAUGAUGUUUACUCCUCCUCAAUGCAUCACGAUUCGAACGUGACACACACAAGCUCGUUCUUGAAUUCUCACGGAGAAGUCAACUACGAAACAAUUCCAAAAUGGCCGUGGCUCGUCUUCUUAUCCGGAGCAAUGAUCUGCUUGAUCUGCAGUUCCAUGUCACACCUCUUCGCCUGCCACUCCAGACGAUUCAACCUCUUCUUCUGGCGCCUUGACUACGCCGGAAUCUCCCUCAUGAUCGUCUGCUCCUUCUUCGCACCUAUCUACUACGCGUUCUCCUGCCACACUCACUGGCGUCUCUUCUACCUCUCCUCGAUAUCAAUCCUCGGCCUCCUCGCCAUCAUCGCUCUCCUCUCUCCGUCCCUCUCAGCUCCACGUUUCAGAUCUUUCAGGGCAGCUCUGUUCCUAACAAUGGGAUUCUCAGGCGUCGUACCGGCCUCACACGUGCUUUACCUUCACAGGGAUCACCCAAACGUGCUUAUCGCCCUCGUCUACGAGCUUGCGAUGGCUGUGUUGUACGCAACGGGAGCUGGGUUUUACGUUAGCCGCAUACCUGAGAGAUGGAAGCCCGGUGCUUUCGAUAUCGCCGGACAUAGCCAUCAGAUAUUCCACGUGUUUGUAGUCUUAGGAGCUCUUGCUCAUAGUGUUGCCUCUCUUCUUAUCAUGGAUUUUCGACGGGCUUCACCUUCUUGCGCCUUUUAA